CUUCAUUUUGUUUCCGCUUCCGUUAGAAGAACAGUUGUUUCACAAAACUUAUUAAAUUAAAGAUUGCGAUUUAAUAAUGGAUUUUCCGAAAUUUCCUUGCAUUGAAUUUGAAAAAAAUAUUACUGAAAUUGUAGAAAACCCACUGCUUGAGAAUUUUCUACAGAAUUUUAUAUCUCAAUUGGUCGCUGAAAUUACACAGUUGGAAGCAUCUUGCAAUAAAUUGAAAAAUUCCAUAAAAGAUACGCUGGCUGUAAAAGAGAAAUAUUUAAAAGAUAUAUUUGCAAUUACAUAUGACAAUAAAGGUGAUGACAUUUUGCCACUGCAAUUGUCGAAUCGAAUGCAAAAAGAACUUGGCAUGUUUCGAUUAGGUGAGCAAAGAGUUAUUGGAUUGUUGGAACGUUUUCAUGGAGAUUAUAAAGAUUGGCGCCUCUCAUUAGAACAGCAAAUGCAAAAAUCACUUGGCACAGAAGAUGAAUUAUGUUUUUUGCCACAACAGCAAUUGAACAAUAAACUGGACACACUUGGAGGAAUUGCUAAAAAUGCCGAAAAUGAGCUGAAUGCUCUUGAAAAUACAGCAGAGCAUAAAAACAAAUUAUUAGAUGGAAAACUAAGAGAAAUGCAAGAGGAAGUGCACAAGCUGCAAUCGUUAAAGACGGAAAUUAGCGCUGCACAGCAACAACUCAUUGACGAAAUAAACGAAAAGCAAUUUAAAUGUCAACAAGAUACUAAUAAGUUGUUGAGGGAAAUUGCUAGCUUGCAAGAAAAGCUCGAUCUCUACGAAUAAAACCCGU